AUGACUUACACGAUCACGCUCGGCAAGCGGAAGACGCACGGCAGCGGCGAGCGGCCUCGCCUCUUGCAAUGGCUGCUCCCGCCGCUUCUCCUCGUCGUCGCAACAGUCGCCGGGCUGUCGCACUGGAGCCUGUCGCGCGACAAGAUCGACUUCACGGUUCUCAACGGCAAGGCGCUGCUCAAAGCGUCGCAGAAAAUCGCGAAUAUGUGGAAAGCGAGCGGCGAGACGGGGGAACUGAGCGGGUAUCUUGCAGAUGGUAGCGAAGACGCGUAUAUUGGGGAUGGUGGGAGGGCGGGCGAGGUGGAUCCGUGGAGGUGCGCGGACGGCAGUGGGGGGAACGAAUGCGCCCAUGCCGCCGCGGUGAUUCUUGCAGAGGGCUCUCUAUCGGAGCGUGUACACGCGGUGUGCGCGGCGUAUGCGCUGACGGCGCUCACCAACAAGCCCACGCUCGCCCUCUGGCCCGCCGACCGCCACCUGCCCGCCACCACCUUCCGCCACCUCUUUUCCGCCCCCCCCGCGCCCAACAGCAGCCGCAGUAGCAGCAGCGGAGGGGAUGGGGCGGAGGUGUGGGGAGUGAGCGGGGGGGAGGGCGGGGUGUGGGUGCGCGACCUGCCUGUGCGCAGUGACGCGCUGAGGACGCGACUGGCCGCCUCGCCGCAGCAACAGGUGGUGCUGCGGCCAUGCAGGGGCAGGUCGUCCUCCCGCUCCCUGCCUCCUCCCCCGCACCUCUUCCUCGCACCCCACUCUGCUGCUGCUGAACCUCACACCCCACACGCCCCGCCAGCACAUGGAGCAGCAGCAGCAGCAGCAGGGGCAGCGGAGGGCGAGGGAGGGGGGGCGGGUCUGUUCCUGGGGGAACAGGACGAAGCUGCGAGGGUGGCGCAAGGGAGGGUGGAGGUGGACUUGUGUGAGUAUGAGCGGCGGGUGGAGGAGUGUCUGGGCGCGUUGGAGCCGUCCCCGUUUGUGGCGUCGCUGGUGCUCAAGGAGGACGUGCACCGCCUCACCACCUCCACUGCCUUCUAUGUUGAUCCCCUGGGCCCCUCAGGCUGUGCGGGGUGCAGCGAGGAGUCGGAGUAUUCACCCCCCAUGUGCGCCAUGCGCCGCAUCGCCAUGACCUACCUCGCCGACCGCGCUGUGUCUUUCACCCUCGCCGCCCACUCGCCCGCCCACGUGCUGCAAAUCAUGGACUACUUUCCCCCCGCCCGCUCCCCGCUCCUGCUCCACGCCACCCAAUCGCGCAUUGCCACGUGUCAGCUGGAGGAGGAGGUUGAGGUGGAGGAGGGGGAGGGAAGGGAGAAGGGGGUGGGGAGUGGGGAGGAGGAUGUGGUGGGGGGAGAGGUGAUAUCGAGCCUAGCAGCCGGGCUGGUGGCGGUGAGCAGCAGCGCCCUGGAGCCUCCUUCCCCACUCCCUCCCUUGCCCCCACAUCCCCCGCCUUGCCCCACCACUUUCCCCCAGGUAUCCGAGCUCUUCUCGAUGAGCCUAGCAGCCGGGCUGGUGGCAGUCAACAGCAGCGCACUUGAGCCGCGCUUCAUUGCCGCCCAGGCCGCUCGGCGCUCGCCGUCCUUCCGCCUGCACGUGUCCGUGUGCGGGCGGCAUGAGAUCCGGCCAAUCACGAAGCAGAAGUGGUCCAUGUUCACCAUGGUGGAAGGUGAGGGUUCUGGCGGGUGGGCGGCAGGUGGCCGGCAGGUGGGUGGGCAGGCCAAAGUGAAUAGCACGGCAACGGCGGGAGGUGGGUACUACUACUUACGGCCCUCCCCACCAGAGAAUCUGAAGCUAUUCAUGUGCGCGGUGGUGCCCAAGAAGCUGAAGAUCUUCAUCUGCACAGUGCCCAAGGUAGCAGCCAACUCGUGGCUCAUGUGGCUGCGAGCCAUGCUGGGCCAGCCACACCCAGAGGACCCGCUGCUGGCGCUGGACGAUGACAGGGCGGGCUGGCACAUGCUGCACGUGCACUUCACUGAGAAGCAGGCCGUGAGUGUGCUCCCAUGUGUGGCGAGCACUUGCGCUUUGCAUGCGUCCCCACUGUGUGGCAAAGAGAGUGCAAUUCUUUGCACUGCUAUUCCUCCUCGCCACCCUUCCUUCCACCUGCCCCUUCUCAGCCUCUCCCCGCCCACCACCCGCCUUCACUCAGCCACUCCACCCACCUCUACACCUUACUUUGCUGCCGCAGAAGCCGCAAUCUUCUGCUGCCAACAACCCAUGUGCAAACAACCCAUGUGCAAACAACCCAUGUGCAAACAACCCAUGUGUCCACUGUCCAAUUCCAAGCAUAUCUUCCUCCCCUCUCUCUCUCUCUCUCACUCCCCUCGCCUCCAAACACCUCCCUCUCUGCCCAAACUCCCCCCUCUCCUCCCUCGCCCCGCCCGCCUGCCCAAACCCCAGGUGCGGGCAAUGACCCGGCCGGACCUCUUCCGAUUCACGUUCGUGCGCAACCCCUUCUCCCGGGUGCUCUCAGCGUACAACAACAAGCUCGUCGUCACCGACUCCCCCAACAACAAGACGGGCCCGGGGUCCCGCGAGUACUGGAACAAUGCGUUUUUCUGGCUGAUUCGGUCGCAGUGGGAGGCGCUCAAGGGGGAGGACGACCUGGUGUCAUUCCAUGACUUUGUGAAGCUCGUGGGCGUCGUGUUCAAGGAGAGGCGCUGGCACAUGGACCGGCACAUUGCGCUGCAGAGGGACGUGUGUGCGCUGGGGCUGAUAAAGUACGACUUUGUGGGGCGGUUUGAGAAUCUGGAGAAGGAUGCCAAGUAUGUGGUGAACCGAUUUGGAGGCGACCAUCUCGACAUCUUCAACUUCGGCAUCAACGCGCACCAGACCCGCGCCGAUGAGAAGUUAGUGAAGAUGUAUGAUAAA